AGAGCCGAAAAAAGUCUACGGAAAAGUCAGGGAAGAGGAGCCGGUAGACAAAGCAGUAGCGGCAAAGAAAAGUUCAGAUACCAAAUUCAGAUCCUGACCAUACCGGAAGUAGACGGUACAUUGAGCAAACUGUUAGGUACCAUGGUAUCGGUAUCCUUUCAGACCAUGUUACAAGCAAGUCCGAGACUGCUUAAAAGUCUCAGACAAUUGCUAACGCGCAGGGGCGUAGAGGUGGAGGAGACCCCGGAACCGCAGGAGCAUGAGACGGAAGAGGCAGAGGCACCCCAAGGCGUCUCCAACUUCCAAAGAAUUCCUGGGGAUCUGGAGGACCUGGAAAAGGCCUUUGCAGACAGCUGCCUAAGCCUACCGGACCGAGAAGGGGGUGAAGUCAUGAGGGCGCCGCCCGGAACGAAGCUUAGCUUCCAUGCAUUGCCCGUAGGAAAGCUGAAAGUCCAAAUCGGAACCCACCACACAGAUGCAUUAGUGGACGGUGAUGCGGAAAUUACCCUCAUACGAUGGGACUUUGCAACAAUUACCGGAUGCAUCGUAAACAAGGAAGUGACGGGGAGUAUCCGAGGAGCUGGCGGGGAGAUUCCUUUUCCAGGGUACGUUACGAAAUGCGCAGUCAGGGCGGGGAUCAGGGAAUCAAUCUGGUCCUUCCAGCGGAUGACCGUGAUGGAAGAAAUGGACCAUCACAUAAUUCUCAGAAGACCGUGGUGCGCCAAUGUAGAGAUGAUAGAUAUGCAUCUGCAUGAUGGCACAUACAUGGUGGAUAUAGAGGACCCCAUGACCGGCUGCGGAGAACUCCUCCGACUCCUUGGGACCGGAGGGGAUCCUCCGAAGGGCAAGUUGGCAACUUGGUCCCUGACGUUAGAGUGCGCGAAAGGGGGCAUUCGCACGAAUGGAAGAGAAAUCGGUCUGCUGCUUAUAGAAAAUAAACAGGCUAUGGAAGUCAGCCCCAAGGCAAGGGAGGAAGCCGAAAAGUAUGUUUUGAGGCACGGUCACAUGUUCAAGAAAGAAGAAGGAAUGAUGCCUAGGCGUGUCGUAUGCGGAAGGUUUAGGCAGUUGGACAUAAUCCAGACAAUGCAUGAUGGGCUAGCCGGAGGGCACUGGUCGUCCAAAGGAACUCUGGCAAAAUCGCACCACUCUACUUCUGGCCAGGAAAGGAGUUCUGCACUUGUCUUCGAACCCCUUAGACCUACCCGGGUACUGAAGCCGGGGCACCUGGUCCACCUUGACCUCGCGGUUAUGCAUAUAUCAACGGAUGGAUACAUGUAUAUCUUGGAUGCAAGGGACAAUCUCAGUGGUUACGUGGAGGCAGUAGCUCUUAAGAGAAAGACGGGGAAGGGAGUGACCGAUUGGAUAGAGGACUUCUGCAUAAGGCACCCCUUUGUGUGCAGGUUCAUAGCGGAUAAUGGGACGAAAUUUGUAAAUCAUGAAGUGCUAAGCAGGCUCAAGACGUUGUGCGUACCUAUCAAGAUCAUUGAACCAUACAAUCCUGAGACUAAUGCACCAGUAGAAAGUGAGCACCGGACCUUGAAAAACACAAUCGCUAAGUUGGCGGCGGAUGACCUAGGGGACUGGCCUCGAUACCUUAAGCAGGCGGUCUUCUUUGAGAACAUGACGCCGAAAAGGACCACGGGAUGCAUUCCGACAGAACUCUGGUAUGGGAGGGAGAUCGAUUUUCCGAUGGAAGCCCUGGUUCCUACCUGGAACAGGCUAGAUGACAAUCCGCAUAUGUCUACGGAGGAACUAAUUGCCUCACGUUGCCAACAGGUCAUGAGAAAUGAGGAAGCCUUGGAGGAUGUGGUUAGGCGAGUGAUGGAUAGUCGAAUGAAGGACAAAACAAGGUGGGAUCAGGUAAAGAACAUCCGAAAGGAGCCGCUCCAGGUGGGAGAGAAGGUACUAGUUAGGAACUCGGCACUUGAAAGCACAUGGACUGGACAGCUGGGGAAAAAGUUCAAAGGUCCCUACAGGGUCGCAAAGCCGGUUGGUCUGAACACGUUUGAACUUGAGGAUCUUUAUGACACUAGGAUAAAAGGGUCAUUUCCGGGACAGAGACUGGUCAUGUUUUUGAGCAGGGAUCUAGUGGAACAAUGAUUAUAGGAGGCUCAGGACACGG